AUGUCUCUAAUGCCCUUAAAGGAUGCUGUGGCCACUGGAAUUCUCUCUAAGAGAUCGAUAUCCAUAUGGUGCAACUUAAUCCAUCUCAGCAUCGAUGGUGGUGAAAGGUUAGACAAAAUAAUCAAGAUUCCAAUGCUGCGUGAUCCAGUGCAAUCAAUGUACAUCAGAAAGGUGAAUAGUGUCAUUAAAAAUCACAAAGGUCCUCUUGUUCAAGAAUUCCGGAUUCGUUUCGAUUUGGAUUGUGGAAAUAAUCGUGCUAUUGAUUGUUGGCUCCAGUUUGUGAUGAACAAGAAAGUUCAGACACUUGAACUGGAUUUGAUGAACCACGUCAAGUUUCGUAUGCCUGCUAAUUCCUAUGACUUUCCAUUACAUUUUUUGACCGAAAAUGGUAGAAUAUUUUUGGAGCUACAUUACUUGAAGAAACUCGUAUUGAAGGGUGUUAAUGUGAGAGAAGCAAUCCUGCGGAAUAUAUUAACAACUUCUCCACAUCUUGAUUCUUGA